GAGGCGGCCGGCCGGGCCCGAGGGGGCCCGAGGGCGGGUGUGCGUGGCGGUGCUGGGCGACCUGGGCCGCAGCCCUCGCAUGCAGUACCACGCGCUGGCCCUGGCCCGGCACGGACACGGCGUCACCCUGCUGGGCUUCCUCAGUGAGUGAGACCGCUCCGGCCCAGCUGCCCCUGGGUCACGCCACUGGCCUUCCUGCCUCCCCGCCCCCUUCGGACCAGGUCCUGUCCUAUCCCCGGGUACGGUGUCACGCUGCUGGGCUUCCUCAGUGAGUGAGACCGGUGCGGCCCAGCUCCCCGCCAGCCCCAGCUUGUCCCCCCUACUCCAGGCACAAAGCCACAUAGUGACAUUUUGUGCAAUGAAAAGAUACAUAUUGUAUCUGUUUCAGAACUGAAAGUAUUGCAAGUUGGUCCUAAGAUUUUCCAGUAUAUUACAAAAGUUAUUGCACAGGCAAUACAACUGUUCUAUACAAUGCUGAAGAUAGAUCGGCCAUCUUAUAUUCUUCUUCAGAAUCCUCCAGGCCUGCCUAGUAUAGCUGUUACCUGGAUGGUUUGCCUUGUACGAAGAAGCAAACUGAUCAUUGAUUGGCAUAACUAUGGUUAUACUGUAAUGAGUCUGAUCCAUGGAAAAAGUCACCCUAUAGUACAAAUUGCAGAGUGGUAUGAAAAGCUUUUUGGACGUCUGUCUGACUACAACUUUUGUGUGACUAAUGCAAUGAAAGAAGAUCUACAGAUGAAUUGUAACAUCAAAGCAAUAACCCUCUAUGACAAGCCAGCUGCCUUUUUUAAGGAAACACCAUUAGAACUCCAGCAUAAAUUGUACAUGAAACUAGCCAAAGACUAUGCUCCAUUUAAAAGAGGAACAGACUCCGAACGUCCAGAUGUUGAGAAGUCUGCAUUUACAGAGCUAGACAUCAGAAAUGGAAAUGUGACACAAGUCAAAGAAAGACCAGCUCUUCUCAUCAGCAGCACCAGCUGGACAGAGGACGAAGAUUUUUCUAUUCUUUUAAAAGCUUUAGAAGAUUAUGAAGAGUAUGUCAGUGAUGGAAUCAAGCUUCCUUCUUUAGUAUGUGUGAUAACAGGUAAAGGACCUCUAAAAAAGCACUACAACAGACUGAUAGACAAAAUGCACUUUAAACACAUCCAGAUCUGUACACCGUGGCUAGAAGCUGAGGAUUACCCUGUUCUGCUUGGCUCUGCAGAUUUGGGUGUCUGUCUCCACAAAUCAUCUAGUGGCUUGGAUCUGCCUAUGAAGGUGGUGGAUAUGUUUGGCUGUUGUUUACCUGUAUGUGCAGUACAUUUCCAGUGUUUAUAUGAACUUGUGAAACAUGAUGAAAACGGCUUGAUAUUUAGGGACUCAAACGAACUUGCAGAACAGCUGAAGAUGCUCUUAUUAGAAUUCCCUACAGCUGAAAGUAAACUUUAUACGUUCAGAAGAAUGCUUCGGGCAUCCAAGCAGCUGCGUUGGGAUGAGAGCUGGGAACAGGCUGUGCUUCCUGUGUUUAGGAACAAGUCAUGAUUUUCAAAAAAUGGACAAAAGAAUUUGCACUUAUGAUUUUCGUAUUCCCAAGUUUGGUUAUACAUGAUGGAAAUGGUGAAAAAAACCUUUAUAUUUCUUCUUA